UGUGUUUGACAGGAAUCUGAACGACAGGAGGGGGCGGCGGCACACGAGUGGAAAACCGCACCUUCAAGAGAUCGCCAUCACUUUUUUUCCUCCUCGCGUGCAGUCCGUUAACAGCGGGUAGGCGAAUGCGGUGAAUUAUUUGAAGGCUCAGCAACAGGGCACAUAGAGUACAGGAUGCCUCUGAGUGUAUCAACCCCGCGCGCGGGGAGCUCCCGCGACUAACGCCGCGCAAAGUAUCCAAAAAGGAGAAUGCGAAUGGUUAGAGAGGACAGGAUUCAAUUAAUAUGGAAACGAUGUAGCAUCACCGCCGCAUUGCAUAUAGCUCGGGGAAACAGGUUAGAAAGUAGAUAGCUAAAUAGGGCGCAUUUUGCCGUCAUACAUGCAAACUUACUCAUCAUCAAGCUCAACUAGCCUGUAGUUGGCUGCAACAAAAGGAACCGCUGCUCGACAGUGUCUUCAGAUACCAAAGAAGACAGAAGAAUUAAAGAUGUUACGGAGGAGGCUCAACCGAUUGUGUGGAGGAGAUGAGAAGCGAGUGGACAGCAGGACAAUCUAUGUAGGACAUCGGCCAUGUCCGGACACCGAGGCCUUCAUCCCCUCUAAAUUCUGUGACAACAGGAUCGUGUCCUCCAAGUACACAGUCUGGAACUUCCUGCCAAAGAACCUAUUCGAGCAGUUUAGAAGAAUUGCUAAUUUUUACUUCCUCAUCAUAUUCUUGGUGCAGGUGAUUGUUGAUACCCCGACCAGUCCCGUGACCAGUGGUUUACCUCUGUUUUUUGUCAUCACAGUGACGGCCAUCAAACAGGGAUAUGAGGACUGGCUGCGGCAUAAAGCAGACAACGAGGUGAAUAAGUACCCAGUGACGGUGUUAGAGGAUGGCCGGUCGGUGAAGAAGGAGAGUGAGAAGAUCAAGGUGGGUGAUGUGGUUGAAGUGGUGGAGGACGAGACCUUUCCCUGUGACCUGAUUCUGUUGCAGUCUAGUCGAGAAGACGGUACUUGUUUUGUCACCACAGCCAGCUUGGAUGGAGAAUCCAACCACAAAACACACUACACUGUGCCAGACACAGAGAAGGACCUGCAGGCUCUCCCUGCCACCAUCGAGUGUGAACAACCCCAGCCUGACCUCUACAAGUUUGUGGGUCGAAUGCACAUUUACAAGCCGGAGCAGGAGCCAGCAGUAAGAUCUUUGGGCCCAGAGAACCUUCUCCUAAAAGGUGCUACGUUGAAAAACACCAAGAAGAUUUAUGGUGUCGCAGUAUACACGGGCAUGGAGACGAAGAUGGCACUCAACUACCAGGGCAAAUCUCAGAAACGAUCAGCUGUUGAAAAAUCCAUCAAUGCCUUUCUGCUGGUGUAUCUGUGUAUCCUCAUCAGUAAAGCUGUUGUGUGUACUACGCUAAAGUAUGUAUGGCAGAGCAAAGAAGGUCAGGAUGAGCCCUGGUACAACCAGAAAACUCAGAAGGAGAAAGACACUAAUAUGUAUUUGAAGAUGUUUACAGAUUUCCUCUCCUUCAUGGUCCUCUUCAACUUUAUAAUCCCCGUGUCCAUGUACGUAACCGUGGAGAUGCAGAAAUUCCUGGGCUCUUUCUUUAUCACUUGGGAUAAAGACUUCUUUGACCCGGAAAUCCAAGAAGGCGCGCUUGUCAACACUUCAGACCUCAAUGAGGAACUUGGCCAGGUGGAAUAUGUAUUCACAGACAAGACGGGCACGCUGACCCAGAACAACAUGGAGUUCAUCGAGUGCUGUAUAGACGGCUUCCAGUACAAACACAGAGACACCCGGAGCGAGCUGGACGGCUUCACUGUGACGGACGGACCUGUGAAUAAACUGCAGCAAAAGGCUGGACAGGAGAAAGAGGAGUUGUUCCUGCGGGCCUUGUGUCUGUGUCACACGGUGCAGGUGAAGGAGGCUGGAUCGGAAGUACUCGCGGACCAAGUUGAUGGGAUUGAUGGGUUGCUGCUGCCCCAGCCGGAGGAGGAAAGAGGCUUCAUCGCAUCCUCUCCUGAUGAGAUCGCACUGGUCAGAGGAGCCAUGGAAUAUGGAUUCACCUUCCUUGGUCUGGAGAGCAAGAGCAUGAAGAUAAAGAACAGGGAAAAUAAUAUAGAGGAGUACAAGUUGCUCCAUGUCCUAAACUUUGACCCAGUUAGACGGAGAAUGAGCGUCAUCGUGCAGACCAAAUCAGGGGAGACGUUGCUUUUCUGUAAGGGAGCUGAUUCUUCCAUCUUCCCAAGAGUCAGACCAGAGGAGGUGGACAGGAUUCGCAUGCAUGUUGAGCGAAAUGCAACGGAGGGUUACCGUACACUGUGUGUGGCCUAUAAGCAGCUGAGUGCUGAAGAAUAUGCCGUGGCAGACACUGGGCUGAGGGAGGCUAGACUGGCUCUCCAGGACAGAGAGCAGAAACUCAUGGCCAUGUAUAACCAGGUGGAGACGGGCAUGAGUUUGAUUGGAGCGACCGCUGUGGAGGACCGACUUCAGGAGGAGGCAGCAGAGACCAUGGAGGCCUUGCAGGGUGCUGGGAUGAAGGUUUGGGUGCUGACGGGGGACAAAAUGGAGACGGCAAAGUCUACCUGCUAUGCCUGUCGUCUGUUCCAGCGGGGUACAGAGCUAUUGGAACUGACUGUGCGGACACUUGAGGAUGGGAGGUUAAAGCGUGAGGAGAAACUUCUUGAGUUGUUACGGGACUACCAUAGAAGAGCAGUGCAGGACGCCCCACCUGUCAAAGCUGGGGUCACCAGGAGCUGGUCUACUGCAAAUCAGGAUUACGGCUUCAUCAUAGAUGGGGCGACGUUGUCGUUAGUGAUGAACCCACCACGUGAGGCGGAUGCCAGUCAGUACAGGAGCCUCUUUCUGCAGAUCUGCCAGAACUGCACUGCUGUGCUCUGCUGCCGCAUGGCCCCCCUGCAGAAAGCACAGAUAGUGAAGAUGGUGAAGAACUCCAAAGGUUCCCCAAUCACUCUCUCCAUUGGCGAUGGGGCCAAUGAUGUUAGCAUGAUCCUUGAGGCACAUGUGGGCAUUGGUAUUAAAGGUAAGGAGGGCCGUCAAGCUGUGAGGAACAGUGACUACGCCAUUCCUAAACUCAAGCACUUAAAGAAGCUUUUGCUAGCUCAUGGGCAUCUCUACUAUGUGCGCAUUGCGCAUCUCGUCCAGUACUUCUUUUAUAAGAAUCUUUGCUUCAUCUUACCUCAGUUCCUGUACCAGUUUUUCUGUGGAUACUCUCAGCAGCCCCUGUACGACGCAGCCUAUCUGACGAUGUACAACAUCUGCUUCACCUCCAUGCCCAUUCUGGCCUACAGCCUGCUGGAACAGCACAUAUCCAUGGAGAUUCUGCUGGACAACGCCGCCCUCUACAGAGAAAUAGCCAAUAAUGCCAUGUUACGCUGGCGCCCCUUCCUCUACUGGACAGUAUUAGGAAUUUUUCAGGGUCUUCUGUUCUUCUUUGGUGUCCGUUUCUUGUUCAGCAAUCCAGCCUUACAGGAUAAUGGGCAGGUCUUUGGAAACUGGUCUUAUGGAACAAUUGUCUUUACCGUCCUUGUUUUUACUGUUACAUUGAAGCUGGCUCUGGACACACGGCACUGGACGUGGAUCAACCAUUUUGUGAUAUGGGGCUCUUUGGCUUUCUAUGUUUUCUUCAGUUUCUUCUGGGGAGGCAUCAUAUGGCCGUUUUUGAAGCAGCAGCGUUUGUACUUUGUGUUUGCCAACAUGCUGAGUUCAGUGUCUGCCUGGCUGGUUAUCAUCAUCCUCAUCCUCCUCAGUCUGCUGCCAGAGAUCCUUUUGGUGGUCCUUCGCAAGCCCAGAGGCCCCCAUUCACGACAGCUGUCAGAGGAUUCCUCGACUGACACAUACAGAUGGCUGCUGUCACACCUCUCUCCUACAAGCAUCUGAAGGAGCGCUACUGAUGGGCACGGACAGCCUUGGGUUAAGACUACUGACCGGACCCUCACAUCUGCCGGGGUCGCUGCCCUUCUUCCUGCCUGUUUAAAUGAAACAUGACAAUGGAACCAAUUUAAACUGCUUUUCUGUUACAUCUUAUCCUAAAGCCUUCCAUUCCAGCACGAUUCCUCAAGAACUAUGUUUUCACACCGUUUUCUGCCCUGCCCUACUGCCAAACUCUCAUAUUCAACCCUACCGGGAUGAAUGCGUCGUCAGUAGCGCUCGACUGCUACAGAAUGUACCAACAUCCUUAUUGGUUCUCUUGCAUGAUCGCCCCAAAAAAGUCCCAUAAAUGCCACUUUCCAUACUUCGUAGGCAGACAGUCGGCCCCUUUUGGGAUCGGUUACCAGGUGUGAUCACAAUCCCAAAUCGUAGUUUAGAGUUUUGUGAUAUGUAGCUGUUCGAGAUCCCUAAAUGUGAGCUCUCUAAGAUGCUGCACUGCGGGCCCUGACCCUAUGGGUAUAAAAGCUGCCUUUCAACAACUUGCUGUUUGUUCGACCACAUGGAGUUCUGGGAUAUCCCACGGAGCCCAACAACUCUGUAUGUGUACUUGUGUGUGUAUGUGACAAAUCGAAAAUCAAUUUCAGAUUUUCUUCUUAUAACGUAUUGUCACAGUCUUUCGAUGUUACUCUUUGUUGAAACGGGGAUCAGUUUACAGUUGGGUUACAAAUUGUACUAGUGGGAAAAAAAGUGUGGAAAAUGUUGCUUGAUGCCAAAAAAAAAGAGAGAGAAUCCAUUAAAACGGACGACCGACUCUCUUCAGUUUUUCGUUGAAGAUGAAUUAUCCAUUGUUACAGCAUAUGCUAGGAUUGGUUCUCGAUGCAAAGUUAAUAGCAUAUUUCAGAGUGAGUCUGAGUUAAGCAUCCAUUCACUUUUUAGCCAUUAAUGACAUAUAUAUUGAAUGUGUCAGCUUUAUAUACCAGGCCAGUGCUCCAAAACACGCUUUCACGUCCACGUGCACACAUUUCACUUUUGAGGAAACCGAAUGAAUCUGAUGCAUAUUGAAAGUCAUGUCUGCCCUCUAGUGGUUUGGAGGGCUUGUAAUCUUCAUUCUACUUUCUUCGCUUCUGAAUACAUUCCAUUUCUAUGUGCCAUAAUUUCAAACACUUUUUAGAUUAUAAUUGAAUUAUUUGUGAUUCUAUUUGACAUAUUUAUUGUACAUUGUAAUUAUUCUCACAAAUGUUGUAUUUUUGUCAGAGGUAUUUCGUUCUCUUCUUAAAUUAAUCAUUAUCAGCUUGUGCCAACUGAUUUUUUAUUUUAUUAUUCUUUUAGCCUGUGCAAUCCGCUGUUGAACAGAUUGAGUUUCUAUAUCCAGACCCUGUAGACCAGCAGCUCUGGGCUCUUUCUCUGAUCAGAGAUCAGUCCUAUAGACCCUCUCUUAAUAUAUGGUGUGUGUGAAUGCAACUGAAAUCUCUGUGUCCCUUUAAAAU